AUGCGUCAACACUUUCUGACUGGGGUGACUACUGUUGUUUUAUCAUCCAUAGUACAUGCUCAAUUGCCUCCUUCACCAGAGGACUACUGGCAGGUAUCACCCCCUAUCAACUACUCCGAACCCCUCUACGCAGGCUGGCCCCAGCUCAAGGUCGACGCCGAGGUCCUAGUCUACAAGGGUACAGAUAUCAAUCGCACCUACGCUCACCACCCGGAGUUAUAUCACAAUGGCAAGAGGACCUUUCUCAUGUAUUCAACAGCGCCCAUCGAUGAAGACGCUACAGGCCAGGACGCUUGGCUGUCAACCUCCACAGACGGUGGCUUCAGCUGGUCAAAGGGCUAUCCCAUACUGCCAGACGCACUGCUACCCAACCAAACCAGUCCUGCUAACUACACCUACUGGUGCGAUAACCGUAUAUGGCAGCGAGCCCAUCACCCCGUGGCAUGGGUACCAAUUGACAGGAAGACCCUGUACGCCGUAUCCCAAACGACUCUCCGCUAUUGCUGGGGCGAUGACGCAAAAGGAACAAAAGCUGCAGGCCGCAUCGCUCGAGUCAUUGACAAGGCUGGAAACCCAGUAGGCGACCCAUGUUGGACUUCGCAGAACAACUGGACAGAAGUCGUCCGCUUCAACGAAACCAUAUACGGCCAAUAUGGCAUGAAGUUCUGCAAACACGCCAAACAGAUCGAAGCGUACCUCAAGGAGCCAGCAAAAGUACCGGCGUGGGGCACCUGGUUGUACCAAACAAAGUUGUUCGCUGCGGUUGGCGCCCACGACAUGCAAGAACCAACACACUCGGUCUGGUUCGGUAACAAAGUCGGUGGCUACUGGGAGCGUUUCUGGCGUGACAUCUCAGGCUCCGACAUCAUCAGCACAGCUGUUUGGGUUGAGCACACCAGUUCGCGCAAGGGCGACGAGUGGUACCCCAAGGUGGAGAAGCAGCUUGGUAACCAGAUCUUCAAAACCAACAUACCAGAUGUGGGUAGUAAGCAGCACUUAGGCCUGCUGCCGAACGGAGACCGUUACCUCGUCCACAACCCACGCAACAACACGGAGAGAUACCGCCAACCGCUCACUAUUGCCACGUCGCGGAGGAGUAACGGGUGUUAUACUGGCAUUGGAGUGCUGAGAACAAACGCUAGCACGGUCAUUGCACCAGAUACGAGGAAGCUGAAGAGACUCAUGUUCAGCUACCCCACGGCAAUCAUAGUGAACGGGAAGCUGGUGGUGGCGUACAGUGAGAACAAGGAGAACAUUUGGGUCAGCGUGGUGGAUCCAAAGAACUUGCAUUAA